AUGGACAACCAAGAGCUCCUGAGAAUUCCCCUGAAUUCCAAGGGAUCCAUCUGUAUCCCCGACCCCCCGCGACAGCCGCCUCUGCUACAGACUCGUGUGCAACUGGAGCUUGGAGAAUAUGUCGUGCAACAAGCUCCGCUGCUGAAAGAACGCGGUGUCAGCGUCCACGAGAUUUCCCAAAUCUUCACCUCGAUCAAACUCGCUGCGAAGGUCGUCAACAAAAUUAUCACCAAGCAAGGAUCGUUUGGUCUCGAGGACGGCAGCGUGAAGAAGCAGGCAACGAGCGAAGAUAUUUCAGGUCUUGCCAGCAUCGCGAACAAGAGAUUUCUGGAGGCUCUGACGAACCGCGAGGUCGUCGCCGGCGUUGCCACGAUGAUGCAAGAUGACAUUAUCCCUAUGGAGAACUGUAAAGAAAAGAAUUUGGUUGCGCUAAUCCAUCCUAUGGACGGCACGAAGCAGGUGGACGUGAAUGUAUCGUCCGGGACCAUUUUUUCUGUGUACAAAAGAGUAACGCCAGCAGGAUCGCCUGUUGAAUUGCGUGACUUCUUGCAGCCUGGAAAAGAGCAGGUGUGUGCCGGCUACGUCUUGUACGGCUCGUCAACGAUCAUGGUUAUCACCCUCGGUUCUGGCGUCCACGGCUUUACUUUAGAUCCGUCUCUGGGAUCUUUCCUCCUCUCUCACAUCAACAUUCGCAUCCCCGAGAAUGGCAAGAUUUAUGCAAUUAACGGAGGCAAGAUCAACAAGUUUCCGUACGGUGUCCGCGCUUACAUCGACUACUGCCGCUCGAAAGCCAUCUCGUGCCGGUACAUUGGAUCCCUCGUGGCUGAUUUUCAUCGGAAUAUGCUGAAGGGCGGCAUCUACAUCUACCCGCCAACGUUCACGGAUCCAACGCCCUCGGUGUCCAUGAUCUUUCAGUGCUUUCCGCUGGCCUUCCUGGCAGAGCAAGCGGGGGGGAAAGCAAGCGACGGGUUCACGCGCAUUCUCCUGAUUCAGCCGGUCAGCCUGCGAGACCGCAUCGCCUUCUUCUGUGGCAGCACGCACAUGGUGGACGGCGCCGAGGCACUGAUGGCUCAGUACAAAAUGCGAGACGGCGGUUGGUGUUUCCAGGCCAGCAAGACUGUAGACCUCGGGACUCCGAACGCGGGAAACAAACGGUCUGUGUAG